AUGGGGAAACCUCAAUUUAUUAAGCACAAAUAUUUUCUGCCAGGAGAUUUCACGAUAGCUGGGAUACUCUCUCAGUUCUACAUGGCAUCUGAUCGAGUGGAUUUCACAAGACAUCCAUCUGAAGAACUGGUUGAUGAGAUCAUACUUUUUCUACAGAAUUACCAACAUAUCCUGGCCUUAGUUUUUGCAGUAAAGGAGAUCAGUGAAAACAAUCAUAUUUUAUUCAACAUGACUCUGGGUAUGCACCUCUCUAACAGUUAUUUCAUGGCAAGAUGGACCUACUUGGCUUCAAUGGAGCUCCUUUCAACACGCGGUAGAUUUACCCCCAAUUAUAAGUGUGAUUCCAAGGACUGGGUAGUAUCAGUUAUUGCAGGACCUAACUCUCACAUCUUUCCCUUCAUGGCAAACAUUUUGAAUGUCUACAAGGUGCCUCAGCUGAUAUAUGGAUCUUCUCCAAUGACAGAUGACCAGAUACAAGCUGCUUUCUUCCAUCGAUUUUUCCCAGAUGGUGAUCAACAGAUUGUGGGUAUUCUCCAGUUGCUAUUAUAUUUUAGGUGGAUAUGGAUUGGACUGAUAUCCCAACCUGAUAAGACUGGAGACAGAUUCAUUCAAAACGCUGUUCCUUUUUUUUCCCAAAAUGGUGUCUGCUUUGAGUUCAUGGAAGAAAUGGCCAAGGAAACAUUUUCUAAUGAUAUUGGAGCAGCAUUUAAAGAUUUUAGUAAAAUGUACAUUAUUAUCAUGAAGAGCACUGCCAAUGUCAUUAUCCUAUAUUGUGAAAACCAAGUCACCGUCAUUUUUAGAAUGUUGCCCUAUUUUACAGAAUUUGAAGAGAUACCCAUCGAGAGAAAAGAUAAAGUUUGGAUAAUGCCAGCCCAGAUGGAGUUUACAUCCCUUCCUUUUCAAAAAACUAGGGGUAUGGACUUUUUCCAUGGUGUGAUAUCUUUUGAAGUUGCUUCCAAGGAGAUUUCUGGAUUUAAUAAAUUCCUUCAGAUGAGAAACCCAACUUCAGAAGUGGAAGACCAUUUAAUGAGAGUGUUCUGGGAACAGGCUUUUGAAUGCUCUUUUCCUAAAGAUAAGUUAGAUGAAGACACUGGAAUGCUGUGCACUGGUGGAGAGAAGUUGGAGAAUCUACCUAAGUCUGUCUUUGACACCACCAUGACUGGACAGAGUUACAGCAUCUACAAUGCAGUUUAUGCUGUGGCACAUGCUUUACAAGCCAUGUUUUCCCCCAAACACAGAACAAGAGCAAAAGUUGGGAGAGAAAUUUUUUUGACCCCAAAAGCAUGGCAGUUACAUCGCUAUUUGAGAACCACGUCAUUUAAUAACACUGCAGGACAGAAAAUUUCAUUUAAUGAAAAUGGGGAUUUAGACACUGGAUUUGACAUUAUCAACUGGGUCACCUUCCCCAAUGAGACAUUUGUUAAAUUCAAAGUUGGAAAGAUUGACCCAGCAGCUUCUCCAGAUAAGCUAUUCACCAUAAAAGACAUCACCUGGCCUACCAUGUUUAACCAG